CACAUCGUCUGACUGAAAAUCCCGAUAAUCGAGUGCUACUUGUCGAAGCUGGCCCACAAGAUUACUGGUGGGAUUGGCGAAUUCACAUGCCUGCUGCUCUGAUGUACAAUCUCUGUCACGAUCGAUAUAAUUGGUUUUAUCACACGGUGGCACAGAAGAACUUGCAAAAUCGAGUGUUCUACUGGCCAAGAGGCAGAGUUUGGGGUGGAAGUUCCACGUUAAAUGCCAUGGUUUGGAUACGUGGGCAUCCUUUUGAUUAUGAUAGAUGGGAAAAAGAAGAUGGCGCUAAGGGAUGGAACUUUGCGAAUUGCUUACCUUACUUCAAAAGAUGCGAGACUUACUCUCAUUCCAAGGGACCAAAUGACCCAUAUAGGGGACAUGAUGGCCCUCAAAAAGUGAUGCGUGGCAUGGGCAACCAUCCUUUGCACCAAGCAUUCCUUGAAUGUGGCAAGACCCAUCAUAUCGGGACCACAGAGGAUGUAAAUGGAUACAAACAAGAAGGAUUGGGAUAUUUCGAUCAGUCUAUCCAUAAAGGAGUGAGGUCAGUAGCCGUAGUCAUCUUUUUGUCAAGUUUUGUUUUGUUUUUCAUUUUUUCACUUCAAAAUAUACGCAAGCUUUUCUAUCGCUUCAUCUUCUUACAACUAUUCUUGUCUACUGCCAUUGGUCUGAAUUUGAUGGUUCUUCUAGACAAAGUACAUCGAAAGCCUACAUACAACCUAUCCUUGGUGCCAUAAAC